AUGCCUUUCCCAUACGAAGUCAUGCUCGCAAUAUGCGAGUUGAUCUACAGCAGCCCUAACGGUUGGCGCCAUUUGCUCCCCCUGCUAGUAGUGAAUAAUUUCGUAUCCGACAUCGCCCUGAUGGUCUUAUGGCAGGAGUUGCCUUCUCCAACACCCUUGCUUCACCUUAUGCUGGAGCAAGUGGUGGAAAGGCAUCUCGGUCGAAAUGGAACAUGGGACUAUGCUCUCUCUGUUCUCAUAUCCAUAUUCCUUUGCCAUGCCUCUAGAUCCAAUGCCCCCCUCCUUCCACACCUGACUUACUUGCGACUAGCCGACUCGAGCAGUCUUCUUAUCGAAAUCCUGCCAUACAUCAUCAAUAGCAGUUUCCAAAUGCUUAUCCUCCCAGACUUGUGCAGUUACUCACAGCCUGUUCUCUCUCGUGUCCUCAGUGCACUUCCUUCCCUCCGAAACCUUGCCUGGCUCGAACUUGGCCAACCCGUUCAUGAUCUCAUUAAAAGCAUUCACCUCUUCCCUAGCCUUCACUCUCUGAAAGUCCCCUUGAUUGAGGACAUGGAACCGAUAUUUUUGCAUCCCUCACUACUCGACCUGACAGUGGUUAUAUAUGGCCAACUGUACUUGCCGCUGCAUACCCCUCAUUUCCAUCAUCCCCUUCUCUCCUUUGGUAUUGCAUUUCGGACGAGCUUGAUGCACGGCAUGCCAGACAAUGAGGCCUUCACCACUGCCCUCAUCCUGUUGCAUAGGUUUCAGGUCCCUUGCGAGCAAUUGAACAUCUCGCUGUUUUACCAGCUCGGUGGCAUUGUGCUGGGUGAAUUCAUCAACUCCCUGGCGGCCCUGCCCAAUCCUUCUGCCAUUUCCCUGUUCUCAAUGUCCGACCUCACACAUUUCAGUGUGAAUGUAACCACUUUCGUUCCAUGCAAUGUACCCCCGCUAGAGCUCAGGCAUGUCACACCGCUUUAUCCAUUUUCACUUACGCACAUCGACCUCGGCUGCUUCAAUAUGUGCACCUUAGAUGAUGACAAUCUGCUUUCCCUCUCCCUUGCCUCACCCCAAAUUGAAAGCCUUUUUCUCGGCUGUUUUUGCUGUUGGUCAACCCCCCCUAGGGCAUCGCUAGCCAGUGUCUCAUCCCUUCUGCUGCAUUGCCGUGUUUUGACUAAUCUUGGGCUUGUAUUUAACUGCAGUCUAGGCGCAUUGGACUUGAAUCUUCUCCCCAUCAACAAGUUGAUCAACACGCUCACUGUGGGAGUCACCCCACCUUACAAUGAUGUUGCACUUGCCACUUUUUUUGCUUGUUCCUUACCAAAUCUUACUGAUGUAUACUUAGAGUCCAGUAAUUCAAACAUAUUUGAACCUCACUACAUCUCUCAUGAUCGUUUCUUACAAGUUAAAUAUUGGCAGAAUAUCUUACAUAGGAGGUCCUACCUACCAGAUGAUGACCUCGACUUGUGA